AUGUUUCACAAUGUCUGGACGGAAUUUAGACACAAAGAAAUCUUCAAAAACUCUUUUCAAAAAACCAUUUCAAAGCCUUUUUGUUCGAAAAAAAAACUAGGGGGCUUAGAUAAAGGGGUGGGAUCGAGUAGGUUUGAUGCAGUUUCAGUACGGAGUCAAUCGAACUUUUUUCAGACCAGAUACGGUAGAAUGGAUCCUGGGAACGGAGGUCCAAGUCGGAAGGACUUACAGUAACGCAGUCCGAGUGCGUCAGAAGGCCGAUUCCGCGUGGCUAGUUCAAAUCUUCUUCAAAACCAAAAACCGGUUACUAUGAGCUUGCCAAUAUUUUUUGAAAAGCACUGAGAAUUUUUUGCUUCCAAUUACUUUUAUCAGAAUGAAAAAAUUCGGAAAAAGAAGUUUGAUUUUCAGACUAAAAAAUGUUAUUUAUAACAGAUUUUUAAUUUUUUUUUUCUAAAUUCAAAGAGCUUGCCAAUAUUUUUGAAAAUCACUUUUCUUGAAUUUGCCGCGAGCGAUAUCGCUCGCCUCUCGCUGCGACCUCGCAAACGUCUUGCGCUAUAUCGCUCUCUGAAAAAUUUUUCUUCAAAAAUGUUUUUUUCUUGAAUUUGAUUGAUUUCAUCAUAAAAGUCGAAAAUAGAGCAAAAAAAGUUUUUCAAAUUUCAAAUUUUUGAGUGGGAGCGAUAUGGCAGCGAGACUUUGACGAGAUCGCAGCGAGAAGCCUUGGCUAUAUCGCGUGCGGCCCGCUGCGAUAUCGGCAAUUAUGUUCGUUGAAAUGAUGUUUUUCAAGUUUUUUCGAAUCCUUUCUACAUGAUUCAUUGAGCAACAGAAUAGUUCCUCCAUACGCUUGUACAUUUUUAACGCGUUAAAACCUUCGUUUUAUUUUUUGCGACAAGUGAGAAAAUACAGAGAUUUUACCGUUUUGCAAUUGCAAGAAUAGGAUCGGGAAGUCUCCUAAAGCAUAUAGUCAGUCCUUCCCGACUUUGAGAGCGAUAUGGACAGUGUUCAAAUUUUGUGGUUUCAAAAAUCCUUUUUAUUUUGAAAACGAUGUUUCGAAUGAAGAAAUCAGAAAAUUUUUUGACAUCGCCCCAGUUUUGCAUUGCCGUCCGCUGAAAGGCAUUUAAGCUUGAGAUUCAUCGAAAAAUCAUUAAUUGAGGACGGAUUUUCAAGAGCUUUCGAGAUACAAAAGUAUCAUAAAUGGAUGGCGGAUUCAUUUCAUACUCAAAUACUUUCUAUCAAUUUUUGUUUUUUGUGGAUCCUUUUUACAUGUAAUGUUUAUUCAUUUUUCAGUCGAUUUCAAAUUUUUUUAUAUGAAAUUGAAUUCCUAUCAAACAAUCGCCUUGGGCAAACUGAUAGUUCAAAAGUGUAGUCGAGAUUGAUCUUAAGACCCUUUGCCUCGUUCUUUUGCUCAGUUUUUUUUUUCUGCUUCCCGACCAGCUCAGAAUGCAGGUACUGUGGCUGGAGCUCGAAGAACGUUUAUUCAAAGUGGAAGCCUCCGUACCAAAUUUCGAGAAAAAAAAAGAAUGAUUUCGGACAUGAGUUCUCAGAAAACAAAAAAACAAUUUUGCCCAAAAAUAUAUCGAAAAAAAGAAUGUAAAAAAGAAACCAAACCCAAAAAUUUCAAGUCUUUAGUUUCGGUUGAAAAUAUCCGGGGGUUAGGGGAAGGGGGAAGGGGGCGGGGAAAUGGGGUGGGAUCAGGUAAGUUUAAUAUAUGCACAAUACCAAGAUUAAUUUGCUUUUUUUUUCAGAUCGGCCACGAGAGACGGGAGCACCUCUUCUCUACACGGUGGGCUCAAGUGA